CCGAGUACGGGUGCCGAGCAGGCUCUCACGGAAGUUCGUUCGCCAUUGGGAGGUCCGCAGCGGCUGCUCUGUGCCCUUGUUGCCGAGGGCCUCUUCUUGGGUCAUUCCUGGAGUAGGAGCCGGACUGGGGCUGACACCGAGGCUUCCCCCUGGCCGCCUCGGCGCCUGUGUGACCUCCUCGCCGGCGGGAUGUGGCGACUACGCCAGGCUGCCGUGGCCUGUGAGGUCUGCCAGUCCUUAGUGAAAUACAGCUCUGGAACAAAAGGAAGCUUACCACUACAAAAACUGCAUCUGGUUUCACGAAGUAUUUAUCAUUCUCAUCAUCCUAUCUUAAAGCUUCAAAGACCCCACUUCAGAACCUCAUUUCAGCAGUUCUCCUCUCUAACUAACCUUCCUUUACGUAAACUGAAACUUUCUCCAAUUAAAUAUGGCUACCAGCCCCGCAGAAAUUUUUGGCCAGCGAGAUUAGCUGCAAGGCUCUUAAAACUUCGGUAUCUCAUACUCGGAUCUGCUGUCGGGGGUGGCUAUACAGCCAAAAAGACUUUUGAUCAGUGGAAAGACAUGAUACCUGACCUUAGUGACUAUAAAUGGAUUGUGCCUGACAUUGUAUGGGAGAUUGAUGAGUAUAUCGAUUGGGAGAAAAUUAGAAAAGCCCUUCCUGAUUCAGAGGACCUUGCAAAAUUGGCACCCGACUUUGACAAGAUUGUUGAAAGCCUCAGCUUAUUAAAGGACUUUUUCACCACAGGUCACAAAUUGGUUAGUGAAGUCAUAGAAGCUUCUGACCUACUUCUCUUGUUAGGUUCACCUGGAGAAACGGCAUUUAGAGCGACAGAUCCCGGGUCUGAAAGUGACAAGCGUUAUAGAAAGGGUCUGCUUGGUGAGCUCAUUCUCUUACAACAGCAAAUUCAAGAGCAUGAAGAGGAAGCGUGCAGAGCCGCAGGCCAAUAUAGCACGAGCCAUGCCCAACAGAAGCGCAAGGUGUCAGACAAAGAGAAAAUAGACCAACUUCAAGAAGAGCUUCUGCAUACCCAGUUAAAGUACCAGAGAAUCUUGGAACGGCUAGAAAAGGAGAACAAAGAAUUGAGAAAAUUAGUAUUACAGAAAGAUGACAAAGGCAUCCAUCAUAGAAAGCUUAAGAAAUCUUUGAUUGACAUGUACUCUGAAGUUCUUGAUGUUCUGUCUGAUUAUGAUGCAAGUUAUAAUACACAAGAUCAUCUGCCAAGGGUCGUUGUGGUUGGAGAUCAAAGUGCUGGAAAAACUAGUGUGUUGGAAAUGAUUGCUCAAGCACGAAUAUUCCCUAGAGGAUCUGGGGAGAUGAUGACACGUUCUCCAGUAAAGGUGACUCUCAGUGAAGGCCCUCACCAUGUGGCCUUGUUUAAAGAUAGUUCUCGGGAGUUUGAUCUUACCAAAGAGGAAGAUCUUGCAGCAUUAAGACAUGAAAUAGAACUCCGAAUGAGAAAAAAUGUGAAAGAAGGCUGUACUGUUAGCCCUGAGACCAUAUCCUUAAAUGUAAAGGGCCCUGGACUACAGAGGAUGGUGCUUGUUGACCUACCAGGUGUGAUUAAUACUGUGACAUCAGGCAUGGCUCCUGACACAAAAGAAACUAUUUUCAGUAUCAGCAAAGCUUAUAUGCAGAAUCCUAAUGCUAUCAUACUAUGUAUUCAAGAUGGAUCUGUGGAUGCUGAACGCAGCAUUGUUACAGACUUGGUCAGUCAAAUGGAUCCUCAUGGAAGAAGGACAAUAUUUGUUUUGACCAAAGUAGACCUGGCAGAGAAAAAUGUGGCUAGUCCAAGCAGGAUUCAACAGAUAAUUGAAGGAAAACUCUUCCCAAUGAAAGCUCUAGGUUAUUUUGCUGUUGUAACAGGAAAAGGAAACAGCUCUGAAAGCAUUGAAGCUAUAAGAGACUAUGAAGAAGAAUUUUUUCAGAAUUCAAAACUCCUAAAGACAAGCAUGCUAAAGGCACACCAAGUGACUACAAGAAAUCUAAGCCUUGCUGUAUCAGACUGCUUUUGGAAAAUGGUACGAGAGUCAGUUGAACAACAGGCCGACAGUUUCAAAGCAACACGUUUUAACCUUGAAACUGAGUGGAAGAAUAACUAUCCUCGCCUGCGAGAACUUGACCGGAACGAACUGUUUGAAAAAGCUAAAAAUGAAAUCCUCGAUGAAGUUAUCAGUCUGAGCCAGGUUACACCAAAACAUUGGGAAGAAAUCCUUCAGCAGUCUUUGUGGGAAAGAGUAUCAACUCAUGUGAUUGAAAACAUCUAUCUUCCAGCUGCACAGACCAUGAAUUCUGGAACUUUUAAUACAACAGUGGAUAUCAAGCUUAAACAGUGGACUGAUAAGCAGCUUCCUAAUAAAGCAGUCGAGGUUGCUUGGGAGACCCUACAAGAAGAAUUUUCCCGCUUCAUGACAGAACCGAAAGGAAAAGAGCAUGAUGACAUAUUUGAUAAACUUAAAGAGGCUGUUAAGGAAGAAACUAUUAAACGCCACAAGUGGAAUGAUUUUGCAGAGGACAGCUUGAGGGUUAUUCAGCACAAUGCUUUAGAAGAUCGGUCCAUAUCUGAUAAACAGCAAUGGGAUGCAGCUAUUUAUUUUAUGGAAGAGGCUCUUCAGGCUCGUCUCAAGGAUACUGAAAAUGCAAUUGAAAAUAUGGUAGGUCCAGAUUGGAAAAAGAGGUGGUUAUACUGGAAGAAUCGAACCCAAGAACAGUGUGUUCACAAUGAAACCAAGAAUGAACUGGAGAAGAUGUUGAAAUGUAAUGAGGAGCACCCAGCUUAUCUUGCAAGUGAUGAGAUAACUACAGUCCGAAAGAACCUUGAAUCCCGAGGAGUAGAAGUAGACCCAAGCUUGAUCAAGGAUACUUGGCACCAAGUUUAUAGAAGACAUUUCUUAAAAACAGCUCUAAACCAUUGUAACCUUUGUCGAAGAGGCUUCUAUUACUACCAGAGGCAUUUUGUAGAUUCUGAGUUGGAAUGCAAUGAUGUUGUCCUGUUUUGGCGAAUACAGCGAAUGCUUGCUAUCACUGCAAAUACUUUAAGACAGCAACUUACAAACACUGAAGUCAGACGAUUAGAGAAAAAUGUUAAAGAGGUACUGGAAGAUUUUGCUGAAGAUAGUGAGAAGAAGGUAAAAUUGCUUACUGGUAAACGAGUUCAACUGGCUGAAGACCUCAAGAAAGUUAGAGAAAUUCAAGAAAAACUUGAUGCUUUUAUUGAAGCUCUUCAUCAGGAGAAAUAAAUUAUAAUAAACCUCCUACUCAUAGUAUAAUCACCUCUGCACACAUCUGAAGAAAGAAAACUCCAGAGCCUUUUGUCCUGCCUUUUUUUUUCUUCUGCUAUUCCACCUUUCUAAACAUAAAAUAAAGUCAUGGAAUAAAAAUAAUUUAUGCGUGUUAGAGGCACUUUAACCAUCAUCUGCCUUUUCAAUGGAAAAACAGUGGAAAUGGCAUUAACAUUCUAUUUUUUUGUAUUAAAGUGACAAAUUGGGAUAAUUUAACUUGGUAUGGCCAGUAAGUAGGCUCAGUCCUUGAAGAUAAGAAGCUCACUCUCCUGCUUGUUGUCUCAUUUGUAGUGGCACUAGUUCAACUAACUCAUUAGCUGAUGUUACUCGAUGUCGGUUUCUUUUCCAGAAAAUGAAUGCUAGGUGUUUUGUAAUAAAACUGAUGGCAAUUUUCUAAGGGCUAUCAAUUGUAUAUAACUUGAUGGUAACCUGCUGAGUUUGUUGUCUGUAUCUGUAAUGUUCUAUAUCCAGAAACUAUUUGACCAUGAUAAUUCCGUUUAUAUUCAUCACAUGAAACAAAGCGAGUUAACAGAAAAACCCCUCAAAUAGGUUAAUUUGUAUUACAAUUCCGUGUACAUUCAGUGAAAGAUUUCAGCCCUUCAUUGACAGCUUGGAAGUUGCCUUAGAAGCUAAGUGAGUAGCAGCUUACCUAUUUGAUUCAGCUGAAUGUUUUUGUACUCUCUCUACCCAUUUGAAAUUCAUUCAUUUUGGAUGUUGUAUACUUGAGCUAGGAUUUCUUGUUAACUGUGUUUUUUUUUACCAUUUGACAGAGCUGUUGGUUUGUGACAUAGGAUAGGGAAGAUUAAGAAUAAUCAGUUGACUAAUUUCAUUUAGACUAAUUUCAGCUAUUGUCAAACAUUUCAGCUAGGCCUCAGGAAAAAAGCCGCCUUUCAUAAGACUGUACUUUAAAUAGAAAUUAUUUCAGCAAUUAGAAUAAUGUUGACCAUCCACUUCUUCACUGAAUGUUUAAAGAAAAAUAUAAUGUUUAAUUCAUUGCAGUUCAAUUACAAUAAUAUCCUCACAUCAUUUUCAUUUUUUAUAUAAAUAUUUUUUUAUUGGCUAAAGGACUUUAAAGCAAAGAAAUAGGCCAUUUUUUACUUUAAAUGUCUUUCUCAUUUAACUCUGCUCUUUGCUGCCAUUUCAUUAAGCCUUUAUUAUUCUAAUAAAAAUGCCCAUUGUGUGACAGUUUUUAUUUUACAGUUUACUUAAUUUUACAGUUUUCUUGGAAUUAUGUUUUGGUAACAGUUCCCUUGCCACCCCACAUUUUUUUUUAAUUUAAUAUCAGUACAUUCUUUAUUGUGAUCUCUAUCAAGAUCUGACACUUAAUAUGGAAGGUUAAAGUAUACCACAAAAUAUUUCCGAAAUUGAGGAUUCAGGAAAUAUUUGUUUUAAACUUAUUGGUAAGAAAAGUAGAUCCAGUUUUAAGCAGCUAGUAGCAGUGUACUUUAUUUGGGAGCUGAGUAGUCAAGGACGUUUCUGUAUCCUUCAGACCUAGGGAUAGUGGGUGAAUGGAAAGGGAGUAGAGCCUCCCCGGUGUUCUGUGCAAAGGUUAGGCGAUGACCUUACCGGUUAACUCCCACUAACCAGUGUUGGCCAGUGGGUAAACACCUUCACGGAAGCAAACAUCAUGCAAUGAUUAAUUAAUAUUUUUGCAGUUGUAAAACACAACCACUUUAUAACUACAAAUCUGUUUCUAAAGAAAAAAAGAAGUAGGACCAUGUUUAUUUCUGUGCGCUAUUGUUAGGGAAAAAUGCCCUCAGCUGAAUUUCCACAGAUUGCCCCCAAGCAAAAAGGCUGAUGUUAAGUCAGUAGGACUAUUGAAUCUCUUUGUAUAAAUU